AUGGCUACCAAACAGAUUCAAACCAAAAAUCAAACUGAUCCUGCUACCAUAUUACCCUUUGAUGAUAUUUUUCAAAAUAACUCAUCUGUACCCAUCCAUAACUCCACCCUACAUACAUCACAUGCAGAAACUGAAGCUGAUAACAUUAGAAAAUCAAACAGAACCCGUAAACCUCCUCCAUCACCUACUACUGUAGCUGUCACUAUAUCAGCUUUGAUUUCUAUUGGAUACAAGCAAUCCAAUGCAGAUUAUUCAUUAUUCACAAAGCAUAAUUCAUCUUCAUUCACCGCCCUUUUGGUGUAUGUUGAUGACAUUGUGCUGGCUGGAAAUAAUAUGCAGGAAAUCAAUUAUGUGAAAUCAUUCCUUGAUCAACAGUUCAAAAUCAAAGACCUUGGUUACUUAAGAUUCUUUCUUGGACUUGAGAUAUCCAGAUCCAAAGAAGGAAUUAUACUGAAUCAAAGAAAAUACGCAUUAGAAAUAUUAUCAGACGCGGGCUUGCUUGCUUCUAAACCAGCUUCCACUCCCAUGGAUGCAACUUCAAAGCUCAGCUCUGAUACUGGUACUCCUCUAGCUGAUGAAGCUUCAUAUCGUCGGUUAGUAGGACGCCUUCUAUACUUAACAACAACCAGACCUGAUCUUGCUUAUUCAGUACAACAACUCAGCCAAUAUGUCUCAAAACCAACUGAAGUUCAUAUGGCUGCUGCUCUUCGUGUUUUGAGAUAUAUAAAAGGAUCACCAGGUACUGGUUUGUUCUUCUCCUCAACUUCUGCUCUUUCUCUUUCUGGGUUUGCUGAUUCCGAUUGGGCAUGUUGCCCGGACACACGUAAGUCCAUCAGUGGAUACUGUGUAUUCCUAGGAUCUUCUCUUGUAUCUUGGAAAUCAAAGAAGCAAACAACAGUGUCUAGAUCAUCUGCAGAAGCUGAAUAUAGAGCCCUUGCAAGUCUUACUUGUGAAGUUCAAUGGAUACACUAUCUGUUAGCCGAUCUGUGUAUUCCCACAUCUAAGGCUGCUGCAAUAUAUUGUGAUAAUGUUUCUGCUAUCUACCUUGCACACAACCCAUCGUUUCAUGAGCGCACAAAGCACUUUGAAAUUGAUUGCCAUGUUAUACGUGAAAGGAGUCAAUCGGGUUUAAUCCAUCUGCUUCAUGUUUCAUCUGCAAACCAGUUAGCUGAUAUAUUUACAAAACCACUUCAUGUCAAACCUUUUUCGUCAUUUCUGGUCAAGCUUGGUCUAAGGAAUAUCCACCGACCAGCUUGUGGGGGGGUAUUACCAUCUGAUGCAGAAACUGAAGAUCAAACUCACGUGAAAUAG